GUGCUCUGCCGCCGCUGCCCGCUGCCCGGCUGGCGUUGUCUGUGGCAGGACCUGUGCCGUCCCUGGUCUGUAGCCCUCCCUCAGGUCGGCGGUCCCGAGCUUCACCGCGAACGUCGGAUCCGGUGGGCCUGCAAUCAUGACGGUGGGCAAGAGCAGCAAGAUGCUGCAGCACAUCGACUACCGCAUGCGCUGCAUCCUGCAGGACGGCCGCAUCUUCAUCGGCACCUUCAAGGCCUUCGACAAGCACAUGAACUUGAUCCUCUGCGACUGCGACGAGUUCCGGAAGAUCAAGCCAAAGAACGCGAAGCAGCCGGAGCGUGAAGAGAAGCGGGUUUUGGGUCUGGUGCUGCUCCGAGGGGAGAACCUGGUCUCCAUGACGGUGGAGGGGCCGCCCCCCAAAGACACCGGCAUCGCUCGUGUGCCCCUCGCCGGAGCUGCAGGAGGCCCUGGAGUUGGCAGGGCCGCGGGCCGAGGAGUGCCAGCCGGCGUCCCCAUUCCCCAGGCUCCUGCUGGAUUAGCAGGCCCUGUCCGAGGGGUUGGGGGACCGUCCCAGCAGGUGAUGACCCCACAGGGACGAGGCACUGUGGCAGCUGCGGCCGUCGCCGCUACCGCCAGCAUUGCCGGAGCCCCAACGCAGUACCCACCAGGUCGGGGGACGCCCCCCACCCCUGUGGGCCGAGCCACCCCACCGCCAGGCAUCAUGGCUCCUCCCCCUGGCAUGAGGCCACCUAUGGGCCCACCAAUCGGCCUUCCCCCGGCCCGUGGGACACCGAUAGGCAUGCCCCCCCCAGGCAUGAGACCCCCGCCACCAGGAAUCAGAGGCCCGCCUCCCCCGGGAAUGCGCCCCCCGAGGCCCUAGGACGCUGUCGGUCCUCGGUCACCCCCGCAGUGCGUCUCGUGAAACCGUGUAGAGUGUUCGUGAGCCUUUGUUUCCUCUGCCGCCUCCGUGUUCGCCAAUAAACGCAUAAGCAUGUCCACUGCGA